UCCUAUUUUACUCUGCUAUUCCUCCUUUCCCGGUCUCACCUAUAGCGAAAAAAGAAGGAGGUCUUUCCUCUGCAUUGGAUUCGGAUUGGCGAAGACGGAGAGCUUCUUCUGAGGUCAAACCUCAUUUCUGGUGCCAGCAGGAUGGGCUGCUUCACCAUAAUUAGAGGCAAGAAGAAGAAAAGCCAGUAUUCACGGAACAAGAAGCCAGUUUCUGUAUCGGAAAACAUCGGCACCGCACUUCCUGACCCCGAAGCUUGUGGACCAUGUCUUCAAUCCGCUCCGCCAAGUUUUAGGAAUCUGACAAAACAAGUUCAAUUAUCCACUCGAGCAACAAAUAAUAGAGCCCGGGCACUAUCUGCACCUUCAAGUUUAAUUGUUGCUGAUCAGUAUGUUUCCUCUUCUAUCGAAUUUGAUGACCAAGAAGAAAUGAAGGCUCUUCCUCUCCCAUUGCCAUCUCCAAAGGGUAAUUCUGUGUUGAAGAAUAUGGAUAGCUUCAAAUCGAGCAAGAAUGGUGGCCCUGUUUCAAACUCUGGUCCCCUGCCUCUGCCUCCAUUAGGGGGAGGUGGCCUUCGGAAUUUCACAUAUGAUGAGAUUGCUGCUGCAUGCCAGCAUUUUUCAGCUGAUAGGUGUGUUUCUGGAGGCAUCUCAUCAACCGUCUACAAGGCAACAUUUGGAGAUGAUUCGGUGGGAUCGAAGAAGCUUGAGACUACAGUCACUCGAUUAAUGCCAUCCUCUCAGAAUUUGAAGGAUUUUAUCAGUGCAUUGAACACCAUAGCAUCGCUACAGCAUCCCCAACUUUGUAAGUUGAUUGGCUUCCAUGCACGUGAGGGUUCUGAUCAAAGAAUGUUAGUCUAUGAGAGGCUCUACCAUGGAAGUUUAGACCGGCUGCUCUAUGGGAGAUCCGACGGGCCUACAAUUGACUGGCCUGGAAGGAUGAAGCUGGCCAUUUGUGCUGCACGUGGUCUUGCUUUCUUGCACGAAGAAGGGCCUUUCCAGGCUAUGUUUCAUGAGUUCUCAACUGCAAAUAUACAAGUUGACAAGGAUUUUAGUGCAAAGCUAUCAGGGUAUGGAUCUAUGAACUACAAUCCAGAGCCAGACAUUGUGAAUACCUCAGUGGCCAGUGCAAACCUAUCCGUGGAAACCCUAGAAAAAGGCUUGCUCACCCCCAAGAGCAACGUAUGGAGUUUCGGCAUCGUCCUGCUGGAACUGCUCACCGGGAAGAAGAAUCUGGAUUCUCGCCACCCGAAAGAAGAGCGAAAUAUCGUCAAGUGGAGCAAGCCUUUCCUUGCCGACGAUUGCCGUCUAUCCCUCAUCAUGGACCCUCGAAUCAAAGGUCGGUGCCCGCCAAAAGCUGCUCGCACUGUAGCCGACAUUGCCGUCAAAUGCCUUCAGAAAGAUCCAUCUGAGAGACCUACCAUGAGGAGCAUUGUUGAAGCCCUCACUAACGUCCAAGAUAUGAAGUGCCCUAGCUGUUACCCGCUUCGAGAGCCAUCGAUGGUAGUAAAAAAGCAGAUGUCGAAGUCCUCCAGCCUCAAUGGUCUCAUAGUUCCGGCGCCGGCAAUGUAUUCUUCGCCUUCUCCGCCGUCUUCGAUGAAUCGGCCAUUGAUUUCGCCCAGAGUCUCAGUUACAGUAACGGUGCCUCCAGCAACUUGUGCCUCCACUCUCACUUUUGAGGAAUAUAGGCAAAGUUCUGGCAGGAAGUUACCUUCUCCUUUACCCCGUUGGCCUGGUGGUGUGGAGGGGUUCUAGAUAAUUUCUACUAUAGCUUCGUUUUUUAAUUUUUUGAUUUAUUUUUGUAGCUUCUGAAAUCACGAUUUAAUGUGAUACAUAAUGCUUUAGCUCUGUAAAGCCUCUCUGCUCCUGUAUACCCCGUAGAAGAAUAAUAUGGGUGUAGCAUGAAAAGAUUUGCCUUUUUUUUUUUUGUUUUCUUAAAUGUUUCAAGUAAUUAAAA